CACUGUCUUCCACCACAAGACAGUGACCCAGCUACUCCUCAGUAUUGGGACUCAUCAGUAUUGGGGUUCUGGGGCCUCUCUGGUGGCAUUGAGAAGAGUGUGAGCACUGUUUGGUUUCUGCUGCUCUCUAUCAGCACAGGGGUGUUGUACAGCAUACUGGGUCUGCUACUGUUUGGUGGAGGGGUUCAUGCCAGUAUCCUUCUCCUGUAUGUGUAUGGCCACAGUGCACUCAUCGCAGGGGAGAUCUACGGGAAGGGCUUGCUCUCACUUCUGGACAUGUCCGAUGCCAGGGCAUCAGUGCUGGACAAGAAGAUGCCUUUCAGGCUGCUGAGGAACAUUGGUGUCCUGUAUGUCCCUGCAUCAAUAGAGGCGAGAAGGAAGACGGUCCACCCACCAAUCAUUCCAACCCCAGGCUCCUACCCAGUCCAAGCCUACGCUCCAGUGUCCUCUACCUCCAACCUACAGGCUACCGAGACCACACCAAAGACAUUUGAAGGCUGGGCCCACUCCUACUAUACACAGGGGAGCCCUGUUCAGCUCUCAGGUUAUUACGGACACAACCAUGGAUAUGGCAUCAAGGAUAGCUUUGGGCCAAGUCACGGACAUGGUCACAAACAUGGACACAGCUGCAGCCACAGCCAAGGUCAUGGACAUAGUCAUGAACACAGCUUUGGCCAUGGACUCAGUCAUGGGCAUGCAUCUGCCUCUCAAACCAGCAGUCACUGGGCUCCAGUGGCUCAACAUCCACAUUCUCAACAUUCCCACCUCAGUUCACUGUCUGUGUCUGUCAGUGUCCCCCAGAGUUUCACAGCAAACAUGCCGGAGUCACUAACAGAAUCUGUGACGGUUCCUCUAGGAGCACCUGUGUCGUCACUGACAGAUUGAUGACUUCAAUCAGUAACACCAAAACUUGCUAUAGCUCGAUUGAAAUUCAAAGGCAAUGUUCUCAAAGAUUGGAAAUUACCUUUACAUUUCAUGUGCUCUAAUUUCAACAAUCUUUGUAAAAAUGUCAACUUAUGGUAUAACUAAUAACAUAAAACAAAUUAUGUCAGUGUGGUUAUAAACUGCUAUAGUCUGAACUUCGGCGAUACAGAUUUAAUUGAGCCCAUAGUUGUCAUUCAAUAUGUUUUCUGUCUCAUGUUAUACAUUGAGAUGUAAUAUGCUUGGACAAGUGGUUUGAGACUACUUGAAGGUCCACUUUUUCUUCACUGAUGUUUUUGGUUUGAAUACACAAGCAGGCUCUGAAUGUUCAAGGUCAAAUCAAUGCAAGAAGGCUUUGAUUGUCUGUUGAUUGUAAGACCUUUUGGCUUGUGUGUUUUGUACGAUGUGUUUUUUACACAUACAGUAGACAAAUCUCUUGGUAUUCUUGAUUUAUACAACCUAGAUUAAAACAAAGUUUUUCAAAA